UUACUAACACCGGACGUAGCAUUGAUAGCCUGAAACUACUGUUCGUGUCGAAUAGUGAAAUAAGAAGUCGAAAUACCUUGGAUGGACAUUGAUAUCUUAAAGCUGAAAACGGUUCGCAGAAACACAUAUCUAAGCAAAACCAUUACAUAGAAGACAACGAUGAAUCAAGCAUGGCUUGCCUUGCUACUUAUACUGGGCCACGUACAUAUGGACAAUGCAGGUGAUGUAGAGGAGGCUACAUGUCAGACGAAAGUGUGUCCACGAGGGGAGUUUUGUGAGAUGCGAGUUGCUCCAUGUUUUAACCCACCCUGUCCAGUCCUCCCUAGAUGUGUAGACCUAUGUGAGGAUGCCUGUAAGAAGGGGCAGAAAUGUCACUUAAAGAAGGUAGUGUGUAUGACAUCACCAUGUAACCCUAUACCUGUUUGCUGUAACGCUGUCAUGUGCGCCCUCUAUUGUAAGAAUGGCUUCCAGAAAGAUGACAAUGGAUGUGAUAUUUGCAAAUGUAACCCACCAAAGGAGACGUGUGAGAAUAAGACAUGUCCGAGUGGUGAGUUUUGUGAGAUGAAAGUUGCUCCAUGUUUAGUGCCUCCUUGUCCAGAGUUUCCUACAUGUGUAAACCCAUGUGAGGCUAAGCGAUGUUCAAAGGACGAAGUAUGUGUAUUAGAGAAAGUGAUUUGUAAAAAACUUCCCUGUAACCCAGUAGCAGUAUGUAAAGCUAAAGAUACUUGUCCUGAACUACCUUGUGACGUAGACUGUGGAAGAUUUGGUCAUAAGUUGGAUGACAAGAUGUGCCCUACGUGUAAAUGCAACAAAGACCCUUGCAAGGUGAAGAAAUGUAAGCGAGGAUUAAUAUGUGAAACAAACUUUGUAAAAUGCAAUGAGCCAACUUGCCCUGCUAUAGCAACAUGCAUAGCUAACCCAGAGAUGAUGAAGUGUAGGCGGUCCGCUAUGGCUAAAGGUCGGGAUAGAAAGCCAAUAUUCUGUGGGCGCGGACCUUCAAGACAGGAUUGUCCAAGUGGAUUUGAAUGCAAUAUAUCACCAACAGACAGAUUUGCAGUCUGUUGUCCGAAAACGAAAAGCUGCAAGUUCAAUGGGCAUUCUUAUGAACCAGGAGAGACGUUUAUGGAUAGUUGCAAAAAGUGUAGAUGCAGAGAAAACGGACGUGUUAUAUGUGCCAGAACAAAAUGUAGUCGAGUAUGCACAUAUAAUGGAAGGAACUAUAAGAUAGGCCAGUGGGGCAUCCCAGCUGGCGACGGAUGUAACACAUGUGUAUGUAAUGCAGAUGGUCAAGUGGGAUGCACAAGGAUGGCAUGCAAAAAAUGUGAACAUUUGGGUCAAAUAUACAAACCAAACGAUGAGUUUAAAGCUGGUGACGGUUGCAACUAUUGCCACUGCAGUGCCACAGGAGCUGUUCGAUGCACUACAAAGAUUUGCUCUACUGGUAACUGUGUCAGUAUAACUGGAAAUACAUUCAGAAAUGGACAAUCGUACCAGGAUGAUUGCAAUACUUGCUAUUGUGUUGAGUCUCGUAUCAAAUGUACAAGGAAAUCCUGCGAGAACACAUGUAAAUACAAUGGGAAGGUGUAUAAUGAUGGACAAAAGUUUAAAUCCGAUGACAGGUGUAACGAAUGUGUUUGUAAUAAGGGAAUCACCUCAUGCACUGAGAAGGCGUGUAUUGGGUCGUGUAUGUAUGAAGGUAAACAAUACAGCAACGGAGCAAGUUUUUCCAAUGGCUGUACAAACUGCAAAUGUGCCAAUGGAAAGGUUCGUUGUCCUAGAAAAAAAUGCCCAAGUUGCUCCUAUAAUGGUAAAACGUACAAGCAAGGUGAACAGUUCACUGCAGUUGAUGGCUGCAACCACUGCACCUGUUUCAAAGGACAGCGCCGUUGCACAAAGAUGAAGUGCCAACAAAUGUGUCAAUAUAAUAAUCAGAUUUACAAAGAUGGUGCCAGUUUUCCCUCAACGGAUACAUGUAACAAGUGUAUGUGUAAAUCAGGCACCGUCGGUUGUACUAAGAAAGCUUGCUUCUGUGAGUAUAAUGGGCAGCGAUACCGCUAUGGAACAUGGUUCCCUGCUGGAGAUAACUGCAACAGAUGUACAUGUGACGCCGGUGGUGUCAGCUGUACUGAGAAGGACUGUUCUGGCAGUAGCUCUGAAAGUGUUGUAGAUUGUAGCUUGGUCGACUGUCGCCCACCAAAGUGCAGAAAUGGCCAGGCCUUUUUUACACCUCCUGGUGAAUGUUGUCAGCAAUGUGGACAGGAUUGUCGACUGGUUCGUUGUGCAAAUGUACAAAAGUGUGACGAUGGAUCCACGCCUGUUAAACCCCAAGGAAAGUGUUGCCUUCAAUGUCCUACUAAACCUCCAUUGUCAUGCUACUAUAAAGGAAAGCGUUAUCCCCCUGGACAUUUUAAGACUGACGAUCCAUGCAAAUCCUGCUCGUGUCAAGUACAGAAAGAUGGAUCCACUAAAGUAGAAUGCGCCAUGAAGGCGUGCAGCAUGCCACUAUGUAAAGGCAACGCCCGACCUGUAAGGAAGGAUGGCCAAUGUUGCCCUAGUUGUCCCGAGGAGCCAGCAUGCUACUACAAAGGAAAGAGUUAUCCCCCUGGUGAUUUUAAGACUGGUGAUCCAUGCAAAUCAUGCACCUGUAAUAUACAGAGAGAUGGCUCUACUAAAGUAGAAUGCGCCGUCAUGGCGUGCAGCAUGCCACUGUGUAAAGGCAACGCCCAACCUGUAAUCAAGGAUGGCCAAUGUUGCCCUAGUUGUCCCGAAGAGCCAGAUUGUUCAGCUAGAAUCUGUUUGAGACCUGUCUGUCCCGAGGGAGUUUCUUUGUUUACACCGAAGGGUGAAUGUUGUCCACAGUGUGGAGAAGAUUGUAGGCUGGUACGUUGUGCUCAAGUCUUAGAUUGCGAAGGUGGCGCAAAGUCUUAUAUACCUCCUGGGAAAUGUUGCGCCCAGUGCCCGCCUCCACCACGAGGCUGUGAAGUCGACGGCACUGUGUACAAAAUUGGAGAAGAAAUCAAACAGGAUUCACCAUGUAUGCACUGCACAUGUGAAAUAAAUGAUGGUGAGGGCUUCAAGCUGUGUGCGAUUAUGGACUGUGCUCCACCCCCCUGUGAGAAUCCAUUCCCCAUUGAGGGAAGGUGUUGUCCCAUGUGUAAUCCUCGGGAACAAGGAGUUUGUAAGUUCGAUGGUAAAUAUUUUGCGAAUGGCUCCUCGUUUCCUUCUACUGAUGGAUGUAAUACAUGCAAGUGCGAGGACAAUGAGGUUAUCUGUACACUCAUAGAGUGCGGUUGUGAGAAAGAUGGUCAAUCGUACCAAGUUGGUGAUAAAAUACCCUCAAGCGACCCUUGCGAACAUUGUUCGUGUACACUCCAAGAUGGAAAACCCAAAGAAAUGUGUGCCAUUCAAGACUGUGCACGCCCACAAUGUGAUGAUUACAUCCGUCUUGAAGGAAGAUGCUGCCCCGUGUGUGACAAACAAGGAGUCUGUGAGUACAACAACAAAUACUACGCUGAUGGUGCGACAUUCCCAUCUACUGAUGGAUGCAAUCGUUGUACCUGUGGAGACGGCAGCGUCAGUUGCACCGAGCGAGCAUGUGGCUGCAUAUGGAAGGGAGAUGGUCAGUUUUAUGCAGUUGGGUCUACGAUCGACGACGGGAAUCCCUGUAGCAAAUGUAUGUGUGAAAAACAAGAGACUGGAGGAUUUGGAAUAACGUGUGCCAUAAUGGCUUGUGACAUGCCAGAAUGCCCCGGUGGGAUAGAACCAGUGCCUGUAGAUGGAGCUUGUUGUCCACAAUGUCCCAAAGGAUGUUUAUACCAAAAAGCAGAUGUCUCUAAGUUCUACGCACUUGGUGCAAGUGUAGAUGAUGGUGACCCCUGUACGGACUGUACCUGUCUAAAAUCUGAUAGCGGUAGCAUGACAGUUGUCUGCAAUGAGUUGUUUUGUGAUGUCCCCGAAUGUCCAGGUGGAGAAACGGUUAUUCCAGUCGAUGGGGAAUGUUGUCCCGGUUGCCCGCCAUAGUCAUAUUGACUUUGAAUAAUGUAGCAAUACAUAAAAUCUACAGUGCAUCUGGGAGAAAUCGUUUUAUAUGAUAGUAUACAAAAAUAACGAAAUAAAAUAAUACCAAACAUAA